AUGCAAUUCUCAUCCGCUAUCAUCUUAUCCGCUGUUGCUGGUUCCGCUUUAGCCACUUACGCUAACUCCACUGUCACUGACAUUGCUACCACCGUUGUUACCAUCACUUCUUGUGAAGAAAACAAAUGUCACGAAACUGAAGUCACUACUGGUGUCACCACUGUCACUGAAGUUGAAACCACUUACACCACCUACUGCCCAUUGCCAACCGCCAAAGCUCCAGUUGCUUCUACUUCUAACUCCACCACCACCCCACCAGUUUCUACUGCUGAAGGUGCUGCUGCCGCUAACGCCGUCCCAGCCGUUGCUGCCGGUUUGUUGGCUUUGGGUGCUUUCAUGUAA